UCCAUGCACUACAAAAUGCACACAGCGAUUUAUAAUUAUACCACUAAGCCUGAAGCUUUAAGAUGCACAGGGGGCAUAAGUGUUCGCAGUCUGCAGUUCUCUCGUACAAUGAUAUUCGCCAUUGAGGAAAUAAACAACAGUACAGAGCUGCUGCCAGGCAUCAAACUUGGUUAUCAGAUCUAUGACUCAUGCACCUCAGGGCCUGGGGCAUCUGACGCAGCGUUUCAACUAUCGAAUGGUAAAGACCCAAUGUUUUACGAAGGCAACAAUUGUUCCCAAUCUGGUGUAGUGACGGCUGUUGUUGGAGAUUCUGGAUCUUUGGAAUCCAUCAGCAUAUCCCACGUCAUUACAGCCUUCAACAUCUCACAGGUGAGUUAUGUUGCCACCUGUGCCUGCCUGUCAGAUAAGCAGCAGUACCCAACGUUUUUCAGAACGAUUCCCAGUGAUCAGUUCCAAGUUGACGCAUUGGUAAAGCUGGUGAAACACUUUGGCUGGACUUGGAUUGGUACUGUUUACUCAGACACGGAUUAUGGAAAUUAUGGCAUGGCAUCGUUUCUUCCGGCUGCAAAAAAAGAGGGGAUCUGUGUGGAGUACUCUGAAUCCUUAUAUCGAACCGACCCACAUAGCAAGAUCCAGAGAGUGGCUGAUGUGAUCCGCAGCCACCCCAAUGCAGUGAGGAAUGUUCAGACCUUUAUAUUGGAGAAACUAAACGUCUCAACAAACGCAUGGCUCAACACCAUAGAGCAAGCUCUUCAGGACAAGACUCAGCUGUCCACCAACACCUCAAGGAUAAGGGACACUCACCUAAGGACCAGAAUGUUCAUAUUUUGGACAGAGAGGACAUAUGAUUCUCCAGAUUGCUUCCAAUGUCCCACAGAAUUCUGGCCCAAUACAGAAAAAGAUGCUUGUUUACAAAAACCUGUGGAGUUUUUGUCUUUUGAUGAAGUCCUGGCUAUCUUCCUGGCUGCAUUAUCCAUUUUCGGGGCCUGUCUGGCCAUCAUAACUGUAGUUAUUUUCUUUCAACACAGAACAACUCCAAUUGUAAGAGCCAACAACUCUGAGCUGAGCUUCCUGCUCCUCUUCUCUCUGACUCUGUGCUUCCUAUGUCCAUUAACUUUCAUCGGAGCUCCCUCUGAGUGGUCCUGCAUGCUGAGACACACAGCGUUUGGUAUCACCUUUGUUCUCUGUAUCUCCUGUGUUCUUGGCAAAACUGUAGUGGUUUUAAUUGCCUUUAAAGCUACACUUCCAGGUAGUAAUGUCAUGAAAUGGUUUGGGCCUGCACAACAAAGAAUGACUGUACUUUUUCUUACAUGUAUUCAAGGUUUAAUAUGUGUUAUUUGGUUGGUUGUCAACCCUCCAUAUCCAAUGAAAAACCUGAGCACAUACAAGGAGAAGAUCAUCCUGGAAUGUGCAUUAGGCUCUGCUGUUGGCUUCUGGGCUGUGCUCGGCUACAUUGGCCUGCUGGCUGUUUUUUGCUUUGUGUUAGCUGUUCUAGCUCGGAAACUACCUGAUAAUUUUAAUGAAGCCAAGCUGAUAACCUUCAGCAUGCUGAUAUUCUGUGCAGURUGGAUCACCUUCAUCCCAGCAUAUGUCAGCUCUCCUGGAAAAUUUACUGUGGCUGUGGAGAUWUUUGCCAUCCUGGCCUCCAGUUUUGGACUGAUACUGUGUAUAUUUGCUCCAAAGUGUUUCAUCAUAUUAUUUCAGCCAGAGAAGAACUCCAAGAAACAUUUAAUGAACAAAAACUAAUUGA